CGAAAAAACUCAAACCAACCAAACAACUAAUCUUCAAAGGGAUUAAGGCCAUCGUCGUUCAACCCUUAAUCACACGCCCGAACCCAAACCCAAACGGCCAAACCCAAAUGUGUAAUUUUUGUGUGCAGGACUCAACUGAGGUGACUGGUGAGGUGUCGUCUACUUGACUACUCGUUCUCUCACUCACUGCCAUCUGUUGAAAGCUCUACACCUUCAUCCCUGUUAGCUUCUUCUUCAUGAAUGUCGGUAUACCACUGCGCUUUCACUUCAACACGCACUCUCUAUUCAUCUUCCUUCACUCCUUCUAGAACCUUCCGGAUCCUUCACCGUCGUCAUCGCUCCAACAUCUCCGAUUUCCACUCCACCAUGCCGCAUCACAAGAAAAGAAGUGGUAAGAAAGAACAAAAGUGGACUCAGAAGCCAGGCAGUGAUUUAUCAGCUGAUGCUGCAGAGUUUAGGCCUGCAGCUUCUGCAGAAGGUAUUACUAACGGAAUUGGUAGGCUCACAAUUGUUGAAAACAAUGCGCAGUCUCCUGUUGUUCCGGUGAUACAGUUUGGGGGUAUCAGAUUGGAUGAGUUAGCACCUCAUGGACAGUCUCCGGUUGGAAAACCGAAGGCUUAUGGGACGGUGUCUACUACAACAGUUGAUGAUUCUAAAAAAACUGUUGAUACCGCGGCUCAAACUGUUGGUUUUAGUAAAUUAUUCAACAGCAAUUUGUUGGAGAAGUUUACUGUAGAUAAUUCUACCUACUCCACUGCCAAAAUAAGAGCAACGUUCUAUCCUAAAUUUGAGAAUGAGAAGUCGGAUCAAGAGGUUAGGAUAAGGAUGAUUGAGAUGGUUGCGAAAGGCCUUGCCACAUUGGAGGUAUCACUUAAACACUCUGGAUCACUUUUCAUGUAUGCUGGUCAUGAGGGUGGAGCAUAUGCGAAAAACAGUUUCGGGAAUGUCUAUACAGCUGUUGGGGUUUUUGUUCUUGGAAGAAUUUUUCGAAAGGCAUGGGGCACUGAAGCUAGUAAAAAGCAAGCAGAGUUCAAUGACUUCCUUGAGCGUGAACACAUGAGCGUAUCGAUGGAAUUGGUGACAGCUGUUUUAGGGGACCAUGGACAACGACCUCGUGAAGAUUAUGUUGUUGUGACUGCUGUCACUGAAUUGGGCAACGGGAAACCGAAGUUCUACUCAACUCCAGAAAUUAUUGCAUUUUGCAGAAAAUGGCGGUUACCUACAAAUCAUGUUUGGUUGUUCUCAACAAGGAACUCAGUGACAUCAUUUUUUGCUGCUUAUGAUGCAUUAUGUGAGGAAGGGACAGCUACGUCUGUAUGUAAAGCUCUUGAUGAGGUGGCAGAUGUCUCUGUGCCAGGAUCAAUAGACCACAUAAAGGUGCAGGGGGAGAUUCUGGAAGGCCUUGUUGCACGUAUUGUAAGCCAUGAGAGCACAAAAGAGAUGGAACUGGUUUUAAAAGAUUAUCCUUUGCCAGUAGAUGAAGUCCAUCAAGAUUUGGGACCGGAUCUGCGGGAAAUAUGUGCUGCAAAUAGAUCUGAUGAAAAACAUCAAAUAAAGGCACUUUUAGAGAAUACCGGCACGUCUUUUUGUCCGGACAAUGUGGACUGGUUUGGAAUUGAAGCUUCUGAUAUACAUCCAAGAAAUGCUGAUAGAUCGGUGGUUUCCAAAUUUUUACAAGCAAAUCCUUCUGAUUAUUCUACCACUAAGUUAAUGGAAAUGGUUCGUUUGAUGAAAGAAAAGCGUUUUCCGGCAGCUUUUAAGUGCUACCAUAACUUCCGGAAAAUUAAUUCAAUGUCUAGUGAUAAUCUUCAUUAUAAGAUGGUGAUACAUGUGCAUAGUGAUUCAACUUUCAGGCGGUACCAGAAAGAGAUGAGGUCCAAACCAGACCUGUGGCCGUUAUAUCGAGGGUUUUUUGUUGAAAUUAACUUGUUCAAGGCGAGUAAAGAGAAAGCUGCUGAGAUGGCUAAACCUAGCAUAGAUGUUGGAAAAAAUAACAAAAAUAGUGAAGAUAUAUCUGGAAAAAAAGGUUUAGCUGAUGAAGAUGCAAAUCUUAUGAUCAAGUUAAAAUUUCUUACAUACAAGUUGAGGACAUUUUUAAUUCGCAACGGCUUGUCAGUUCUUUUUAAAGAUGGUCCAGCUGCCUACAAAGCCUACUACCUCAGGCAAAUGAAAAUAUGGAAUACAUCUCCAGGGAAGCAGAGACAGCUCAGCAAGAUGUUGGAUGAGUGGGCAGUGUACAUAAAAAGGAAAUGUGGCAACCGACAGCUGUCAUCAUCUAUAUACUUGAGCGAAGCCGAGCCUUUCCUUGAACAAUACGCAAAACGCAGUCCAGAGAAUCAAGCUUUGAUUGGAUGUGCUGGUGACCUGGUUCGAACAGAAGAUUUCUUGGCCAUUGUUGAAGGAGGCGGAGAUGAGGAAGGUGACCUUGAGACCGAGAAGAUUCUAGAACCUUCUAGCCCAGGUCUUGAUUCUAUUCAGAAAAAGGAAGGUCUCAUAGUAUUCUUUCCAGGAAUACCUGGUUGUGCUAAAUCUGCUCUUUGUAAGGAAAUACUAAGCGCUUCAGAAGGUCUUGAGGAUGAUCGUCCAAUUCAUAGUCUGAUGGGUGACCUUAUAAAAGGAAGAUAUUGGCAAAAGGUUGCUGACGAGAGGCGGAAGAAACCUUAUUCUAUAGUGCUUGCUGACAAGAAUGCACCCAAUGAAGAAGUCUGGAGGCAGAUUGAGGAUAUGUCCCGUAGCACUAAAGCAUCUGCAGUGCCCAUUGUGCCUGACUCUGAAGGAACCGACUCAAAUCCAUUCUCUCUUGAUGCAUUAGCAGUUUUCAUAUACCGUGUACUUAAUCGAGUUAAUCAUCCUGGAAAUCUUGAUAAAUCAUCACCAAACGUUGGAUACGUGUUGCUAAUGUUCUAUCACCUGUAUGAUGGAAAGAAUCGUUCAGAGUUUGAAAGUGAAUUGAUCGAACGUUUUGGCUCACUUGUGAAGAUGCCUCUCCUGAAAUCUGAAAGGAGUCCGAUACCUGAUUCGGUGAAGACAGUAUUGGAAGAGGGAAUAAACUUAUACAGGCUUCAUACUAAUAGGCAUGGAAGAUCAGAACCCAGUAAAGGGACAUACGCAAAAGAUUGGGUUUUGUGGGAGAAGCAACUGCGUGAGGUUUUAUUUCGAAAUGCUGAUUAUUUGGCAUCCAUUCAGGUUCCUUUUGAAAUUGCUGUCGAUCAAGUGUUAGAACAGCUAAAAAGAAUAAUGAAGGGAGAAUAUGUUACACCGAUAUCUGAAAAGAGGAAGUUUGGAACUAUAGUUUUUGCUGCCAUUGAUGUUCAUGUUGCUGACGUUCAUAAUCUCCUUUCAAAUAUAUCCGAGAACGACCCGAAGGUGAAAACAUUCAUAGAAAACAACAUAGUUAACAACCUCCAAAAGGCCCACAUCACUCUUGCUCACAAGAGAAGUCAUGGUGUAACCGCUGUGGCUAACUAUGGUCGUUUCGUGAACCAAAAGGUGCCAGUGGAUGUAACCGCACUAUUAUUAUCAGAUAAACUAGCUGCAUUGGAAGCCCAGCCCGGGUCCAUUGAUGGUCAGAAGAUAACGUCUAAAAACGAGUGGCCCCAUCUCACAUUAUGGACCGCUCAAGGCAUACCCCCUAAGGAAGCCAAUACAUUACCCGAGCUGGUUUUGCAAGGGAAAGCUACGCGCAUUGAAUUUAACCCGCCUUUCACUAUUACCGGGGUUCUGCAAUUCCAUUGAGCCGUGUGUACUACAAGUAACACUACAACCACCGGCUCAAGCGGGCCGGACCCUGCUGAAUACCAGAUUGUUUUGUACUAGAGCAGACGGUACUGACUACUGAGAAGUGGUUUUUGCUAUAAUUGGAUCUUUGUAGCAUACCAAAUAUACCGGUUUCAUUCUGCUAGUGAGGAGGAUGUUGUCUUGCACCUUUGAAUGGCAAAACUGUAAUUUUGUAGGACUAAUGUUAUGUAAGCCUGUUAGGUAUAUACCACAAGACAAUAAUACACAAGAAAACAGAGCAUCGAAUGAUGUGCAAUAUGUAAGCCUGUUGGGUUUGUGUUUGAAAUAGUUGGGGUUUUAGGUUGGUCAUGGGGAAAUGGGGGAUGGUGACGGACAUAUCUAGGGAGCGGCGGCUAGAGGUGGUGGUAUGAUUGGGUUGGGGUGAUGGUCGGAGGAAAUCUACCACACCAAAGAGCAACCGACAUCACAUGAUCUUGUUCUUAACGGAUAAAUGAAACUAGCAAAAUAAUAAUAGUUAUUGAGUACCAACUUAGUUCGGAAUUUGCUACUACAUUUGUCAUUUCGAUUGUUUUAGCUUUUAUAAUGUUAUCUAUGUAAAUGAGCCAAGCAUGAGCUCGGCUAAGUUUGAAUUCGAGUGUCGUUUACCUUUUGAGAGCUUUGGCUUGUUUUAAGCUCGGCUUGUUUAUUAUAUGUUGAUUAAGUUAUCUUAUAUACUAGUUAAGUUUUA